AUGCCCACCAUCCUGAUAUCAGGCGCCGCCAAUGGGCUCGGGGCUGCCUUCGUGGAGGCAUACAGGUCGCAGCCAGAGACCAGAAUCAUCGCCAUUGACAGAAGUCCGCUGAAAACUCCUCACGACAAUGUACACUGCCAUACCGUCGACAUAGCGGAUGAAGACUCGGUCAAUGCCUUCGCUCAAGACAUCAAAGGUCACCCUAUAGAUCUGGUAAUCCACUCCGCCGGCAUCCGAGGUCUCGUACCGAGCGCGGAAGACCGGCAUCCAAACAAUGUCGCCGCCUGCGAGACGAUGGAGGUAAUGGACGCAGCAACCAUGACCAGGACCUUCCAAAUCAACGCACUGGGAACAUUUCAACUCUUUCGAGCCAUCCUGUCUAAUCUCAAGGCAGCCUCCAAUUCAAAAGUCAUCGUCAUGUCAUCCCGGAUGGGCUCAAUCGGCAACAAUCAAGUACCCAACAAGGACGCCGGCAGCGCCUACGCCUACCGAGCUUCCAAGGCGGCGCUGAAUACCAUUGUCCGCUCGUUUGCGGCGGAUGUGCCGGAGGUCUGCUUCAUUCUCUGCCAUCCAGGCCGAGUCGAGACCAAGCUGGUGCGAUGCAAAGAGGAAGGCGCCAUCACCGCGGAGGAGAGCGUGCAGUCCCUCCUCCCACUUAUCGAGCGAUGGCGCAAAGACGACAGUGGCAAGUUCUACGACCGCUUUGGCGAGACGAUACAGUGGUAG